AUGCUUGUUUAUAGCGCAAAAGGUGUGCGUGCUGCCGACAGCCGUCAUUGCGACGUCUGGCGUCCUCUUCAAGGUCUCACUGUCUCAAGGUCAUUCACCUUUACAGCUGGCGGUUCCAGACGCGCUGACCAGCAGUCCCUCCACCAACUUCAGCUGGGACACAAAUGCGUCCACGUAGUUGCAACUGCCCAUGCACUACGCGACCACACCGCCGCUCGGCUGGUGCGACAUACCAGUUGGACGAUACUUUAGUUUUCCCCAAAAGCAGAUGCCACCACCACCACCACCACCACCACCACCACCACCACCACCACCACCACCACCACCACCACCACCAGUUAAUCAGUGGUAG